AUGCCCGGCUGGCACAUGAAGCGCCGCCGGGCGCUGGGAGCCGGCGGGCCGGGCUCGCCCAGCAGCUGGGAUCGCUCCGAGGGCGUUUGGCUGGACCCGGGGCUGGAGUCCCCAUCCGUGGCGGGGCUGAUCUCGCUGGGGCAGGAGGAGCGUGCCAGCCCCGGCGCUGCCCAUAGGGCAGGUUUUCCUCCCCCACAGCCUUCUGCUCUGCGCCGGAUCCCCCCCGACGCCUUGGGGCCAGGGACAUGCUCGGCUCCAUCUCUCUCCGACCAACUGCCAGACCUGCGUCUGGCCGCAGAGGCGGUGGCGGGAGCUGCCCCCGUGAUCCUGGGGGGACAAAGCUCGUGUCUAUGCGGGGCGGCUGCUGGGGUGCUGGCGGCCACGGGCACGGUUGGGUCGCCAAGGGCACCUUUGGGAGGUGACAGCCCCGUGGCUGUGACCCUGCGGCAUCCUGCGUUGGUGCUCCCGAUCCGCUCCAGUGCAAAGCACCCCGGGGAGCGCCGGCGGUGCCGGGGCAUUCGGUGUGUGGUGCUGCAGCAAAAGGUCACUUGCAGCCACGCUGUGGGUUGGUCUUGGUCUCAGGGGAGAUUUUGGUGCGAAAAAUGGGGAGCCACCUCGGUGGUGUACAGCUGCAAGGAGAAGGGCACGGGCACCCCGUACGCCGCCAAGAUACUGAAGAAGACGAUUGACAAAAAGAUCGUGAGGACGGAGAUCGGGGUCCUGCUGCGGCUCUCGCACCCCAAUAUCAUCAAGCUGAAGGAGAUCUUCGAGACGCCCUCCGAGAUCGCGCUCGUGCUGGAGCUGGUGACGGGAGGAGAGCUCUUCGACAGGAUCGUGGAGCGGGGUUUCUACAGCGAGCGGGAUGCGGCCCACGUCGUCAAGCAGAUCCUGGAAGCCGUUUCGUAUUUGCACGAAAACGGAGUCGUCCACCGCGACCUGAAGCCGGAGAACCUGCUCUACGCAGACCUGUCCCCCGACGCUCCCCUUAAAAUCGGUGACUUCGGGCUCUCCAAGAUCGUGGAUGAACAGGACACCAUGAAAACCGUCUGCGGGACGCCGGGGUACUGCGCCCCCGAAAUCCUUCACGGGUGCCCGUACGGCCCUGAAGUGGAUAUGUGGUCCGUGGGCGUCAUCACCUACAUCCUGCUCUGUGGCUUCGAGCCUUUUUUCGACCCGCGCGGGGACCAGUACAUGUACAGCCGCAUCCUCACCUGCGACUACGAGUUCGUGUCCCCGUGGUGGGACGAGGUUUCCCUCAACGCCAAGGACUUGGUCAGAAAAUUGAUCGUUCUGGACCCCCAGAAGAGACUGACCGUCUACCAGGCUCUGGAGCAUCCCUGGGUCACCGGGAAAGCCGCUAAAUUUGCUCACAUGGACAGCACGCAGAAGAAACUGCAGGAAUUUAACGCCAGGCGGAAACUGAAGGCUGCCAUGAAAGCCGUGGUGGCUUCCAGCCGCUUGGGCAACCACGGGCACCACGACUGCUCCCGCAGCGGGCGCAGCCAGGGGGGUCCCCGGGGCGCCUGUCUGCCCCAGGGCACGGUUACGGCCAUUUGCCCAAGCGCUACCGGACGGGCAGCCGUCUUCCCCUCCUCUUGCCUUCGUGUAAAGGCGAACCAGCCCUUCCGAGCAGGCCCCGCGUUACACGCCGACAGCCGCGCCUGCGAAGUCAUUUAA